AUGGCACUCUCAGCUUCUUGCUGCGUUGUUGCUUCAUCAAACAUUAACCCCUUACCAUCUUUUCCUUUUAAAUUCCCUUCUUUAUGGCCAUCCACACAAAAGGUGAAGAUGGGGCCUCUUACUGUUUCUCCAAUGGGUUUUGGAACAUGGGCAUGGGGAAAUCAGAUUCUUUGGGGGUAUAAGGAAUCUAUGGAUGAUGACCUUCAACAAGUCUUCAACAUGGCUGUGGAGAAUGGUGUUAAUCUUUUUGACACUGCUGAUUCUUAUGGGACUGGAAGGUUUAAUGGCCAGAGCGAGAAACUCCUUGGGAAGUUCAUUCGAGAUUUUCGAGAGAAAAAGGGGAGCAAGAGUGAAAUUGUGAUUGCUACAAAAUUUGCUGCUUAUCCAUGGCGCCUUACACCAGGGCAGUUUGUGAAUGCUUGCAGGGCAUCACUAGAUAGGAUGCAGAUUGAGCAAAUUGGGAUAGGACAACUACAUUGGUCAACUGCAAAUUAUGCUCCUUUCCAGGAAUUAGCACUUUGGGAUGGUUUAGUGGCAAUGUAUGACAAGGGUUUAGUUCAAGCUGUUGGAGUUAGUAAUUAUGGACCGAAGCAGCUUUUAAAGAUACAUGAUUACUUGAAAGAACGUGGAGUUCCCUUAUGCUCAGCCCAGGUGCAAUUUUCUUUGCUAAGCAUGGGGGAAGAACAACUAGAGAUCAAAAGUAUAUGUGAUUCUCUGGGUAUUCGGGUAAUUGCUUAUAGUCCUCUGGGGCUUGGAAUGCUUACUGGGAAAUACUCGGCAUCCAAACUUCCAACUGGGCCAAGGGGAUUGCUAUUUAAGCAAAUACUUCCAGGACUGGAUCCUUUAUUGAGUUCCUUGAGAGAAAUUGCAAAUAAAAGACGCAAAACCAUGUCACAGGUUGCAAUAAAUUGGUGUAUAUGCAAAGGUACAAUUCCAAUUCCUGGAGUCAAGUCAAUAACACAGGCAGAGGAAAACUUGGGUGCUCUGGGUUGGCGCCUCUCCUCAGACGAGAUUCUUCAGUUGGAGUAUGCGGCACAGGAAUCACCUCGUAAGAUGAUCCAAAAUAUUUUCCAAACCAGAUAA